AUCAGCUGGUGUUAUUCGCUCCAUCGUAACAUUGACAAGGAGUAUUCAACGGAUAAUCAGAAGGUUGCCUUUGUUGUGUUACAUACUGAUCCAGCGAAUAACCCCCUGGAAACUAUUUCAACCGAUAGUAAACGGAGACAGUGCAAUAUUUUCGUGGAUAAAAUAAACCAAAGAAAUUAAAGUUCAUCCCAAUGAUCUUGCCCGAGGACACGGUGAACCCCAGAAAGAUGUUGAAUCAUCGAUGUGUGCGAAUCUAGUGUACAGAUUACGACAAUUCGGGGGGUUUCUCGGCCAGGACAUUUGGGCCAGUGCCAAAAACCAAAAACCUAACCUUUACCUCCCAAUUGUUUUUCCAUUCCAUGAGUCCCACCGGAGUCACUCGUUCGUAACGCCAAAUCCACCGUGAAUUUUUUUUUUCCAGUGAAAUUGUUUAUCCAUCGGAUCAGUGAUUUAGUGAGAAUUUUUAAUCGAGCACAUCGGGAACAGGUGACAAUAGCCUCGCCAUGUUAGAUUUCAUGAGAUCGCUCAUCGUCGAGCGCUGAUUCGCAAAGGAUCAGAUUUUUUUCUCUUCCUUCUGUCCCAACCCAGUUCUAUUUUAUUUCCCAGUUUCACGUUGUUGUUUUCCCCUAUUCCCCUCCCCCUUUUUUGUUAUCAAUUUUGAAAAUAUUCUUGUGUGACUUUUGGAGCAAUCUGGGGAGUUGUCGAUUGAAUUGGAUUGAUUUGAAGAUAAUCUGGGAGACACCGGCGAAACUCUAGUGAAUCUGAAAAAUCUAUCAAGCUGGAUAGGUUACCCGAGUAUCUCCGCGAUACCGUGGACUGGUUUAUGGGAAAAGCCCGACGAAAGGAGAAAGAUGCAGGAACAACCGAAGACCCAAAAUUGUACUUGGAGGAGGCUGCACUGGAGCGACAGCUGCCAGAGUUGGACCUCCGGAUGCUGGUGGAUCUGCCACCAGGACUCGACUAUAACGAAUGGCUCGCAUCCCACACAUUGGCACUGUUCGACCACAUAAAUCUAUUCUACGGGACUAUUUCUGAAUUUUGUACCUCCACAGGAUGCCCAGAUAUGACGGGGCCUGGCUUAAGAACUUAUUUGUGGUUUGAUGAGAAGGGGAAAAAGACGAGAGUGGCUGCGCCACAGUAUAUAGACUACGUCAUGACGUUUACGCAGAGAACCGUUAGUGAUGAAACAAUAUUCCCUACUAAAUACGCCAACGAGUUUCCCAGCUCGUUCGAGUCGAUAGUGCGUAAGAUUCUGCGGCUACUGUACCAUGUAGUGGCACACAUUUACCACUGCCACUUCAGAGAGGUUGCACUCUUGGGCCUCCACGCUCACCUCAAUUGUGUAUUCGCUCAUCUCACUCUCCUUAAUCAACGCUUCAAUCUCAUUGACGCCAAGGAAACGGAAAUACUUGGGGAUUUGGAGGCAGCUUUAUUAGGUGACUCCACAUCGGGUACAUCAACUACAACAUCAAUUCAAGAUCCACCAAGUGGAGCCACGUAGAAAAUAAAUCCGUUUAUAGAAUUUUAAUUAAAAGUUGAUGAGAAACCGAGGUUGCAGUUCCUGAGCCUAGGGUCAAACGAUGAAAUAAUGUAGGUGAAAAGCGACUAAUGUUCGUUGUUCUCAAUAUUAAAUUAUGUUUUUUUUUAUGAUUAAUUCUUUUUGCCCGAAUUUAGCUUACGAAUAAAACGAACCGUCAUGAGAGCUAGAGAGUGGCAAUGAAUACUUGAAAGACGGUGAUUAUUGGCAUGAGAAAGAACACGAGUCAGACUAAAAUGCAUGUUGAAAUUUCAAGCUGAAAAAUUCAUAAAAAAUCAUGGAUAUUCAAAUGAUCAUUUGCGAGGGAAUAAUGAAUAACGUAUGUAGUAUCUGUAAAUAGUGCAAACGAGGGGAAAGAGCAAACAAAUACAAUUAUGUAAAUUAGUCAAUUUUUUUUCUGCGUUUGCUGUUUGUGAGAUUGUACAUAAUUUAUUAAACAAAAUAGUGAAAAAAAGAGUUGAGAGAAAGAGUGAAAGAAAUCAAUAAAUUAAAAAAAA